CCUACCCGCGUCCCUCCCGCUGAGGAACCGUCAAAAAUCGCAACUGCCAUCGAAAAUCCUAAUUGCGCGCCCCGCUGAGAACGUGACUUUAUGGCGUUUCGCGCUAAAAGCACACAGUUGGCUCGAAUUCGAAAACUCAGGUCGGGUGAGUGACGAAGCAGACGAUAUUCCGCCAUACAGUAACAGCAGCAGCAUGAAUCGCAUGAACGUCGGCCACGAUCUCGCGCAGCUGUCCUACAAGGAGCUGCAGGCCCUGGCCGUGAGGUACCGUGUACCGGGUAACAUCAAGAAGAAAGUGUUGGUCAAAGUUCUACAAGCCGCUAGAAGUGGAAAUGACGCGGAGUUCUGUCGGUUGCUGCAGGAGCUGAGGAAGAAUCGCAAGAGGAAGGUGAAAAAAUUGAAAGACUCCAAGCUUGGUGUAACAUCGACGCCGUUGCACAGUCCUGACUAUAUAAUGGCCGAUGACGACUAUUACUAUCAUCAGCAUCAGCAGUCUCAAUUCUCGCCUUAUCAGUGGUGCUUCUCGUUUUUACAGAUUGGUGCUGAGGAGGAGAUUGUAAGCAGAGAAGAUGACAAAAUUCCGCAUUACGAGGAGUUCAAACAGUUUUUGCUCAGAAAAAUUCAGCGAGAAUUUGAAACGUGCGAUAACAAUAAUAAUCAAGUGGAAGAUCUGAGUAUCGCAAAUCUGCGGACGGCGAUGUCACCCAAUUUUCAAACGGUUCCUCUUGUUGAGCCGAGCUAUCCGGAAACAAAUUUAACCAACGUCACGGAUCCACUCGCAUUCUCGUUGAAUGAUAGAUUGAAUUAUCAUGUACUGAAGGAACCCGAGGGAAGUUCUCAGGGCUCAUUCUUGUUGAAAAGAAUGCUACAGGCACCGGCGGGCGCGAAUCUAAGCGAGAUUGCCAGCUCUCUUUUCUGGGCCAGCAAUUUGUUGGACAAUUCUGACACCCUAACUGCUGAGUCGGAGAGCAACGAGAUUGAGAAUCAAAUGGACGCGAAUACUAACGAGUAUUACAACUUGCUAAAGAAUUCUAGAGGAGAGUUCUUGCUGAAUGAGGCGAACUUGAUGCCUCAGCAGAUUUCAGGCGUGCUUGCCAGUGAAAAUCAGUAUAGGUUUCCUGGUGAAAGUGACGAUCGGCCGAAUUCUUAUCAGAAUUGGACAAUCACUAGCAUGAUGGAAGUGCCUAACAACACCUAUGGUGAUUUACAAUCCUCUAAGGUGUUACAUGCAAUUUAUUACAACACGGAUCCUACUAUGACUACUGCAAAUGCUGACAAAAAUCUAGUUUAUCAGUACCGGACGGAUACCGCCUACCACAGUGGCCAAAACUUUUUCAAUUUGGACGCGCAAGAUAAUAUUAAUUGCACGACCAGCACAGAUAUGAUGGCCAACAACGACUCCUCUGAUGCUUAUUAUCUACAAAAUUUUAGCAGGCACAACGAAGAGAUGGGCACGGGAUAUUUUCGCAAUGUUGACACCUUCGAACAGAACAACUUCCAGCAAAACGUCUAUUCGAAUGAACAACAAUAUCAGUACCAUUAUUCUCGAUUCACUCAGGAGACGAACAAUCUAUUAAACGAGAGAUAUGAACAACCGCAAAGCAAUUUUGUGACAGAGUUAGAAAAUAAUGUUAAUCAGGAAACUGGUACAGGGAAUUUCCAGAGCCCGGCAAAUGGAUCAGUGGAGACGUUUUGGCCAAAAUGGACCUCCGAACCCAACAGCAAUUUGGAGAACAUUCUAAACUACCACGUAUCCAAGCAAGUAGAUUACUCCAAGUUAAGUCAGACAUCCUGCGUCUAUUGCUACAUGACUCCGAUCGUCUCGCAACGAUCUAAUCUGGCAAUUAACCAUUGCUCGAUCGAACGAAGAUACAUCGCUGAGCAGCGGCAACAUUCCUUCUCACCCUACUGCAUGUUGUACAACGACACGUCGCAAGGUAUGCGAAUGACGAAUGUGCCCAGCGAUCCGCUCGAGCAGUCUAUGCCGACUCACGCGAUGACCAUUAUCACUCACGAUGACCCGAGGGAGACUGCCAACAAUGCUCCCAUCAAUGAUGUAUGGAUGAAUCAAUACGAGCAGUCAUCUAUCGCCGAUGACAUAAACAUUCAGGUUCCAGACCCAUUCUUUUACGUUGCCGUCGAUUGUAUCAACGAAAUGUCGAAUGCGGAUAUAACGGAAAUUUAAAAUUCGUGCGCGAAAUAUUUACGACAGGAAACGAAUAAUUACGAUAAAAUCAUUUUAAAUGGAAUUGAUUAAAUUCGCCAAACAUGAAGUAACGACGAAUAAUCGUUUCUCCAGAAUAACCGUGAUUCCUAUCCGUUUCUAAAUCACGGAAGAAUUUCGUUAUUGUUCAAGCUUGGGAUAACUGAAGUUAAUCUUUUUUUGUAACGCGCGAUUGACAUCCUAUAUAAUUA